UCGGACCCGACCAGUUAGUUUCGGUUUGCCACACGAGAAGUGUGGAAAAAGAAAAUAUAUCGAUAUGAUUGGAAUAGUUCUAUUGAUCGGUGCGAUCACGUUGCUCUAUGUCUACCUCAAGUGGACAUUCAGCUACUGGGAUCGCAAAGGUUUCCCAUCCAUUGGCAGAAGCAUUCCUUUCGGUGCCCUGGAAGCCGUGACGAAGGGAAAACGAUCCUUCGGAUUGGCCAUUCACGAUUUGUACAAAACGACCAAGGAACCGGUAGUGGGAUUAUAUCUCACUGUGAGACCUGCGCUUCUAAUCAGAGAUGCUCAAUUGGCUCACGAUGUGUUGGUCAAGGAUUUCGCCAGUUUUCACGAUCGUGGUGUUUAUGUGGAUGAGAAGAACGAUCCAAUGUCCGCAAGUUUGUUUGCCAUGGAAGGGGCUAGUUGGAAGGCCCUACGCACAAAAUUAACCCCCUCUUUUACCUCCGGAAAACUAAAGGCCAUGUUCGAGACCUCCAAUUCCGUUGGAGACAAAUUAAUAGCCAGCAUAAGGGCACAAGUACCCCAGACAGGUAUCAAGGAGCUGGAUAUCAAAAGCUUAGCAUCAACUUAUGCUAUUGAUAUUAUUGGCUCGACUAUUUUUGGCCUUGAUGUCGAUAGCUUUGCAGAUCCUAACAAUGAGUUCUUGACCAUUAGCAAGAAAAUCAAUCAAAACACUAUUGAGGAUAUUGUUCGUGGAGCAUCGUUAUUCCUUUUCCCUGGCCUGGAGAAAUUCUUUGUCAAAAUUGGUUGGAAACAGGAGUCAGUCGAACGAAUGCGUGAAUUAUCCAAUCGCACUGUCGAUCUAAGGGAAAAAAACAAUAUAGUGCGAAAGGAUUUACUGCAACUCCUCCUACAAUUGCGCAAUCAGGGAAAGAUCAGUACUGACGACUCCGUUUGGACCGCGGAGAGUACUAAAAAUGGAGUAAAAUCCAUGUCCAAAGAUUUGAUUGCCGGGCAGCUCUUUCUUUUCUAUGCAGCCGGUUUUGAGACGACGGCAUCUACAAUAUCCUUCACUCUCUACGAGCUUACACAAAAUCCUGAGUUGAUGGAAAAGGCGAAGGAGGAUGUACGCCGUGCCAUCGAAAAGAACGGGGGAAAACUAAACUACGAUGCCGUUGCGGACAUGAAGUACCUGGAGGCCUGUAUCUUGGAAACCACUCGGAAAUACCCCGCCCUUCCACUGCUGAACAGAAUCUGCACCCAGGAUUAUCCUGUACCCGAUAGCAAGUUGGUAAUCCAGAAGGGAACUCAAAUUAUAAUCUCCCUGUUGGGACUGCAUCUGGAUGAAGAGAACUUCCCUGAUCCGCUCAGCUAUCAGCCAGAACGUUAUCUGGAAGAUGGCAAAAACUACAACCAAGCUGCUUAUUUGUCUUUUGGCGAGGGUCCUAGAAUGUGCAUCGGUGCCCGCAUGGGAAAGGUUAAUGUGAAGAUAGCGAUUGCCAAGGUCUUGUCAAAUUUCGAUCUGGAGAUCAGAAAGGAAAAGCGUGAGAUUGAAUUUGGAAUUCAUGGAGUAUCCCUGAUGCCCAAGGAUGGUGUUCCUAUACAAUUCUCCCUCAAAAAGUAGACUACAAGUCUACUUUCAUUUUAUAUAUCAUUAUUAUCAUAACGGAUAUUAAUAGAAUUUUCUGUAACACAAAACUAUUAAGUUUACUUGUAUUAAAUAUUCUGACAAGGGUGUUAAGGCACAUACGCCAGUGGUAGCAGUUAAAACAAGUUUUUGGCCGGUAUAUAUUUGUUUGUUUAAUAUCUAUCGACAUAUACUCAAUUUUCCAACCAAGAGUCUAAAAAUAAAAAAUGGUUUUAAAGGCAAGGUCAAUAAAGAGCGAAAGAAC